AUGUGUGAGUGUUUCAAUAGCUUCAUAUUGGAUGCAAGAGAAAAACCAAUUAUCUCUUUGCUUGAAUCUAUUAGAAACCUCUUGAUGACAAGAAUUCAGAUAAAUAGAGAAAAAGCACUUAAGUGGGAUGGUCCUCUCUGUCCUAAGAUUAAGCAAGUGUUGAUGAAGACAAUGAAAGAAGCUGGAGAGUGCAUUCCAAUAAGGUCUGAUGAGUGGAAUUUCCAAAUUAUGGGACCUUCAACUCAGCACAGUGUUGAUGUUAGAGAGAGGAGGUGCAGCUGCAGGAAAUGGGAUCUCACUGGAAUCCCUUGUAAACAUGCAUGUUCUGCUAUCUGGUGCAGAAAUGAAGAUCCAGAAUCUUAUGUGCACAAUUGUUACAAAGUGGAGACCUAUCUGAAAUGCUAUGAAACUCCUAUCUUUCCUUUAAAUGGACCUGAAUUGUGGCCUGCCAGUACAAUAGAGCCUCCAUUACCACCCAAUUACACAGACAAAGUAGGUAGGCCUCAAAGAAUUAGGAGGAGAGAAGCAGAUGAGCCACCUGUUGCAAAAAAUCCUCAUAGGCUGGUUGGAGUUAAAAGAUCAAACAAGUGCAGAACAUGUGGAGGCACAAACCACAACUCUAAAACAUGCAAAAAGAGGAAGUUUUCACAGGUUCAAGAAGGGAGCAAGGGUGAUGGUAUGAGUGCUGAGCAAGGAAACCAAAGGAAUGAAGUUGAAGCUUCAACUCAAGCUUCAGUUUCAACUCCACAAGUACCACAACCACCAAUUCAGACUGCAAAAGAUAAAGAAAAAUUACAGUUUAGAAGACCUUAG